UCUCAUUUUCUUUUUCCCAACGACCGAAUCAAUUGGUUUUCGUGUUCGUAAAGUUUAAACCCUACAGAAAAUCUGCUUAAACCCCAUAACCGCAUUUCCUUCAUUUCAUCAUUGAUCGAAAUUUCCAAGUGAAGAAAAUGAAAGUUCCAAAUGUACCUGGUGGCGGUGCUGCCUCUGCACUGAUGAAAUUGGGAGUUAUUGGUGGAAUUGGUUUGUAUGCUGCUGCUAACAGUCUUUACAAUGUCGAAGGAGGUCACCGAGCAAUUGUUUUUAACCGUCUUAUUGGUGUCAAAGACAAGGUUUAUCCUGAAGGAACACAUUUUGUAAUUCCGUGGUUUGAGAGGCCAGUCAUCUAUGAUGUCCGUGCGCGUCCCCAUCUUGUCGAGAGUACAUCUGGAAGUCGUGAUCUUCAGAUGGUGAAAAUUGGGCUUCGAGUUCUUACACGUCCCUUGCCUAGCCAGUUACCUACAGUUUAUCGGACCCUUGGAGAGAAUUAUAAUGAAAGGGUUUUACCUUCAAUCAUACAUGAAACUUUGAAAGCUGUGGUUGCCCAGUAUAAUGCCAGCCAGCUUAUUACUCAGCGAGAGGCUGUUAGCCGUGAAAUCCGAAAGAUCCUGACUGAGAGGGCAGCCAACUUUAAUAUUGCUCUUGAUGAUGUGUCAAUUACUACUCUGACCUUUGGCAAGGAGUUUACUGCUGCAAUUGAAGCCAAGCAGGUGGCGGCACAAGAAGCUGAGAGGGCGAAAUUUGUUGUGGAAAAAGCUGAGCAAGACAAAAGAAGUGCUGUAAUCAGAGCACAGGGUGAGGCUAAAAGUGCCCAACUGAUUGGACAAGCCAUUUCCAACAAUCCAGCUUUCAUCACACUCAGGAAGAUUGAAGCUGCAAGAGAGAUUGCACAUACUAUAUCAAACGCAGCAAACAAGGUUUUCCUGAAUUCAGAUGAUCUUUUGCUGAAUCUUCAGGAGCUGAAUUUGGAGCCUGGCAAAAACUGAGCUGGUUAAUCUGUUUAUGGUUCUCAAUAAUUUUCAAGUAUAAAAAAGUGAUCGAUUUAAGGAUGUAGUUUUUCUUGAAAAGUCUCCUGACAUUCUGUUUUUUUUUUUUGCUGCCUGAAAUAAGCUAGAUGCUUGAGUUUUUAUAUUUUGCACAGUGAAUCUUUACCAACAAGUUAGUAUUCAACUACUAUAAGAAGGUUUGUUCAUCUGUA